GCGCGCGCGCGCGCGCGCGCGUAAGUGAUGUCCUCGACUAAUGGCGCCCGGGAUGGUGGCCUCCAACAGCCCGGGAGGCGAAGCGUCGGCGGUUUUUGCAACCCAGCACACUCUGUGGAAUGUGGCCUCUUGAUUCGUGGCUUGGGUGUUGGGGUUUCCCUGGCCCUCGUUGGCCGUGUGUUGGCCUGCGGUGAUCUUCGUUUGUGUCUCCUGCCUCUCGGGCUGCAGCGAUCUGCACCCGAGUGUUCCACGGCCACUAUAAAAGGAUCCGGCAUCGAGUUCCAGAUGACAAUUCACAAGCCAGUAUCCUGCCCUUGGUCCUUCCCUCUCCCUCUCCGCUCGAUCCCUCUCGCUUGCAUUUUCUUUGCCGCACGCGCACAUCCACACGCCUGCCUGUGCCACCCCUCUACCUUUCAAGUCAGCCAGCCAUGAGUCUCCUUGUCGAUGGCAUAGCCUUCAUUUUCUUGCUUUACACCGUGCAUGCGAUUGUGCAAUAUGUCAACACAUCGGUGGUAGCCAACAUCAAUUUCUUCCCCUUCUUCCCGGGGCAACAGCGGGACCUGGCCCGGCUGUCGACUCCCCGUGAGGAGCUGUAUACUCUCAUCACGGGUUGCGACACUGGCUUCGGUCGGCUGCUGGUCGAGGCACUGGCCAAUGAGAACAAGCCCGUCCUGGCUGGCUGCCUGACCGAGACCGGCGUCAAGGUGCUGGAAAGCUCCGGCCGGCCGAAUCUCAUCCCCUUCCUGCUGGAUGUCACCAACCCCGCGGACCUGGAGCGCUGCCAGAAGCUCAUCCAGUCCGUCUGCCCGGAGGGCCUGGGUGCCGUGGUCAACAAUGCCGGCAUCAGUCAGGGCUACCUGGUGGAGUGGUCUACCAUGGAGGAGGCACGCCAGGUGCUGGAGGUGAAUUUCCUCGCGCCGCUGGCCAUGAUCAAGAUGUGCCUGCCCUUCCUGCGCCGCACGCGUGGGCGAAUCAUCAACAUCAGCAGUGCCUCGUCGAUUAUCCCCAUCCCUGGCUUGUCCCUCUAUUCGGCCAGCAAGAGCGCCCUGUCGGCCAUGACGCAAGCCCUGCGGCAGGAAACCAAGCACAUGGGGGUCGCCGUGUGCGAGGUGGUCCCGGGCUUCGCCUACACCAACCUCAUCAGCCGCAUUACGGCCAUGAUCACCGAGAAGCGUGGCACCGUUUGCAAGGAAAUCCAGGGCGCCUAUCCGGAGAACCGCAUCGAGCGGUCGUUGGCCUUCUUCAAUGGGUCCUAUCGUCGCAGCAUGUCCCCGGACUUCGUGGUUCAGGCCAUUCAGCAUGCUCUCUUCUCGCGCUUCCCCAAGGUGAAGUACCAGGUGGGCAAGGAGAUCCCGCUCAUCCGCAUGCUGAAGGCCCUGCCCGAGGUGGCCUACGAGGCCGUCUGGGCGCUCUACUGAGGGCCUCCCCUCUCUCGGUCCCCCCCACCGGCAUGGUCAGUCGUCCAUGUCGCAUGGUCUCUUUCUCUCUUCUUUGUCGGCCCACAAGGCACAUUGGCGCCCUUCCGGCGGCGACCCAGCGUGUCUCGCGGCGCCGGCCACAGUCACACGCAUGUUGUUGUUGUUGUUGUUGUUGUUGAUGCUGAUGAUGAUGCUGGGGGACCUGCCCGCUUUCCUUGGUCCUCCUCCAUUUGGCCACGAUAUGAGCCUGGGCUCUUUUGUGAUCCGGUUCACCACCGUCCUGGUUCACUAUGGUCUUGGCUCACCUUUUUAUUUGCAUGUGUGCAGCUGCACACCCCCUCUGUCCUUUUCUCGUCCUUCGUCAGUGGAUUCCAGCGCCAGUUAUGCUGGAAUGCCCCUAGACACUGUCCUUUUUCAGAUAUCUACUUUGGGCCGGACACCAUCCGGCCCCCCCUGCCUCAAUAAGCAUGCUUUCUUGC